AUGGCCAAAACUUUAGCUGAUGGUGGAGCGGUUUGGACCGACGAAGCCAGGUUCCAGCUUCUGCUUCGAGUCAUCGCUCAGCUUCAGAGAAGCGGGCAGGGCAUCAAAUGGGAUGAGAUUAACCUGCCCGGCCGCACCCAAAAGUCUCUCCAGCACCAGUGGGCCAAGAUCAAGCUCCAGGUCGCUGAGUUGGAGGCGGCCGCUGGACAGCCCAGCACGCCCGUCAAGAUUAAAGGCAAAGGCGCGGGCGCGAAGCGCAAGGCAGAGGUCCCGAUGACGCCGGAGGGAUCGCCUCAAAAGAAACGAACUCCACUCCCCAAAAACUCACCCGCCAGAAAUGAAGAUUCUGAGUAA